AUGGAUACCAGGUCACGCACAUUCAAGCGAGAUGCACAGAACGUCCAGGCAUGGCUAGUCGGCAACGGGCUGGCUUCCCUAGCCGCCGCUGUUUAUCUGACGAGGGAAUGCAACGUGCCUGGUCGAAAUAUCCAUAUUCUCGAUCUUCAUCCGGGCUUUGAAGGAGAAAUGGCCACCCUGGGGAAUGCAGAGAAUGGGUACUUCUUGCCCUACCAGUGCCUCCCCCACCUCUAUGGUACUUGUAUCGACAGCCUUUUGUCCUUAGUGCCUAGUACCCUGGAUUCCGACAAGUCUCUACUGGACGAUAUUCAAGAGUUUGGCAGACAGCACCAGUCACACCCAAAGGCGCCCACGACAUCUGGCGCAAUAAGAUUGAAAGCACCAGAUUCAAGUGGGGUGUACACGGAAGGGUUCCAGCUCGGACUAAAACAUCGCCUGGAGCUAAUCAAAGUCAUCCUAGAGAGCGAGAAAACACUAGCGUCAAAAAAAAUCAACGAAGCCUUCGAUACGUCAUUCUUUGACACAGGUUUCUGGUUGCACUGGUCUAAGAUAUUUGCGUUCCAGCCAUGGCAUAGUGCGAUUGAGUUUCGAAGACAUCUUCGUAAAUACUUGGAGGAUAUUUUGUCCCUUAAAGAUGUCAGUGGAACCAUCCACACGAGAUAUAACUUAUUUGACUCCAUUGUCAUCCCAAUUAUUCGUUAUCUAAGAGAUGAACGUGUUGACUUUCGUUUCGAUGUCGAGGUAACGGAUAUCAGAUUCUAUCCUGAGAGUGAUCCAGCAACAGUCUUUGAGAUACGAUUGGUGAAAGAUGGAGAGGAAUGUCGAAUUUCGCUUGACCUAGAGGAUAUUUGCUUGGUUGACCUAGGCUUCUCACGCUCCGGUGCGAUUUAUGGUACGAAUGUGGCUGCCCCGCCAUUUUUGUCCUCGAACUGGGAAGAUCUCUUGUUACGUGAGUGGAGAUUAUGGCAAGGGCUUUCUCGCAAGUCUUCAAAAUUUGGAAAUCCGGUCAACUUUCUUUCACGAGCCCUAGAAUCUGGGAUUGAGACCUUCACCACUACUCUGCAGGGAACAGAAUUCAUGAGGCUAUACGACAAGCUCACCCUCGAGCCGGCAGGCAGCACUGACACGCUAUCCCUGGCAGAGAGUAAUUGGCUGAUCACUAUCAACGUCCCACAUCAACCGGUGUUUCCGUCCCAGCCUGCUGACAGGCAUAUCGUUUGUGGGUACGGGCUGAGCCCUGCUAGCGAAGGCAAUUUCGUGAAGAAGCCCAUGUUCGCGUGCUCUGGUGUGGAGAUUUUCACCGAGGUUCUUUCUCACCUCAGCUUCCCAUUACAGCCCAUACUCGCGAAAUCAACCACCAUCCCUUGUGGGAUGCCGCUGGGAACCGCACCCUUUCUGACACGCAGUAACCAAGAUCGUCCACAUGUGGUACCUCAUGGAACCACCAACUUUGCGUGUCUUGGUCAAUUUGCCGAGCUCCCUGACGAAACUACGUUGAGUACCGAGUACAGUGUGAGGACUGCUCAGCAGGCUGUCUAUACGCUAUUCAGCCUUCCAAAAUCACCACCAAGGGUAAAGAAAAAUAUUCUCUUGGAGGUCUUUGAUAUUCUUGUAUAA